AUCAGCAAUGACCAAAACUGACACAAAGUAAGACUAUACACACACGGAGGCAUCAACACAAGCUUCUCCAUUGUGGUCGACCUGUGAGAGCAGCAGAGAAACGGAGAGUAAACGACUACAGGAAGGAGAAAAGGAGUGUGCGAGGACAGUCGAUGGAUGCUGCCCGGAUUGAAGGGACAGCACAUUCUCAUCUGACGAGGAAAAGAAAGAUUUCAAAAUUGAGUCGAAGGACAGAAACUCGCCGUCAGGCAUGGUGUGUGAGAAGGGCAUUCAGAUCCUUCUCACCAUCGUGGGUGCUUUCGCAUCCUUCGGCCUGAUGACGGUGGCUAUCGGCACGGAUUAUUGGCUGUACUCGCGAGCGCUCAUCUGCAACAGCACCGCCAACAACUCACAAGAGGAUCCCCAUAAUAAGGAGAAGAAGGACCCCGGGGCCUUGACGCACUCUGGCCUGUGGAGGAUCUGUUGUCUUGAGGGGGUGAAGCGUGGUGUGUGCUCCCAGAUCAACCACUUCCCAGAGGAUGCUGACUUUGAUCAUGAUGGAGCAGAAUACGUCCUGCGUAAGAGGCUGCUCUUUAUUACAACAAUAGAGUUUUAUCAUGACAAAGCAUUUCUGCAGCGUGAAUGGAAUGCAGCUACAGCAAAUGUCUUUGCCUUUGUACACAAAAGGAACAUCGUGCUGGGGGCUGGCAUUCUGUUUGUAGCGGCAGGCCUGAGUAACAUCAUUGGUGUGAUAGUGUACAUUUCUGCCGCUCUGGGUGACAUUUCCCCAAAGAAGGACGAGGAUAAGAAAUGGCAGUACUCCUACGGCUGGUCCUUCUACUUUGGUGGGCUGUCCUUCAUCCUGGCUGAGAUGGUGGGCGUGUUGGCGGUAAACAUCUACAUCGAGAAGAACAAGGAGCUCCGCUGUCGCUCUCGCACUGAUAUCUUUAAAAGCACCACUCACGCCAUGCUACGGCUCCCAAGCUACCGUUUCCGCCGCAGAUCGCGUUCCAGCUCUCGAUCCACCGACCCCUCACACUCACGAGACCCGUCUCCCGUGGGUGGCCCACCGGGGGGUAAGAACUUCGGAAUGCCCCCGUCUGCUUUACUCUCCCAGGGGCCCAUCUCUGUGUCCACUCUUCCCAACCCUCACUCCCGCUCCGCUCUGCCAGGGGGCGAUAUUUCCCUUUACACCCUCUCCCGAGACCCCAAACUGGAUGGUUUAGGAGGGCUGGGAGCCCCUCCACUGUACGGCACCGUGGACCGUGCCACACUAUACCAGCUGCAGAACUGCUUCCCUAAAGAGAGCGGAGGAGGCAUGAUGAUGAGUGGGACGCUGCCCUUGCUCAAAUCCCACAAUCCCUCAGCUGUCCAGAAUUCUUCCAACUCCAACGCGCCGCUCAGCAACUCCGUCUCAUCCUCCCAGCCUCCACCUUUCUCCUCCUCUACGGUGGAGCGGGAACGAGGGAUGGGAACGCUGGAUAGGCUAGGAAAAGCUGACAGAGAGAGUAACUCCAACACACUAAACAGGAAAACUACACCAGUGUAGACAGAUAGAGGGUUGGUGUAGAUAACGUAGCCGGAAAGACUGGAAACAACUAAAAGAAGGGGUAACACUCAUGGCAUUGACAAAUGUUUCACUUUAUGAAAAAAUAAAGAGUAAAAGAAUUACAGAGACCUCAUAAUAACAACAACACUCAUGUGUUUUUCAGUACUGUUUUAUAACGUGUAAUCUUAAUGAAACUAUAAUCAUGGGAUACUGUGAUAUUAUUAUUGAUUUUAGAUGUGGAAUUUCAAGACGGUGAAGUGUUGUUGUUAUUACGACAACGUUUGAUCUGCUAGCUCUCAACUUGUUGAAUGAUUCUAGUUUUUAAACUAGAAAGAGUAUUAUGCUUAUCAAAAAUCCAAAACGUGAUACUGAGCACUGCAGAAACAUGAGUGUAUUCAAUAUGUGAGAAUGAGAUUAUUAUUACAACUAACUUUGUGAGAAGCAUUUUAUUUAUUUUAAAGAAAGUUUUAUUUUCUACCCUUUGAUAACAUGCAAUUUAGUGUGUAAUAUCUGUAUAUCCGUCUUCCAGCUCAGUAAAGAGAUCAGCACCAUAAUUGAUGGACUGAAAUGACAAAGAGUUCAAAUGAAAAAAGAUUUUUAUAUAAACCUACCAUCAUAUUAUUUUUGUUAACAUCACUGUUAGCAGUAGAAGUAGCACUUGUUGCAUUGAAAAUCUUUGUUUUGGGGCAUUAAAACGUUCCCUCACUUGGUAAAAGAGGGACAAGAUGAUAUAUUUGUAUAGACAAAAUGAUGAAUGAUGACAUUCAGAAGAGGGACUUCUAUCCAAAACUGUGCUUUUCAAAUCGGAGCGAGGGAGAGAGGAUGGAAAAAAAAUACAUUUUGAAAAGCAAAUGUUU